GCGCCAGCAUAGCGGGUGUUUUCCGACCGACCGAGUGCGCUCGGCGUGCCAACGCAUCUGCAGGAGGAAGUUGCGCGCUCAUCCGGCAAGUGUGACAAGUGCGUGAAAGAGCCGUGUCGAGUAACAUACAACUGCCGCUCGAGCUGCGCCGCGCUCUGUUUUGUCUGGCCGCCAAUGGAUACAGCAAGCCAGGCUGCCCUUGCAACGACGGCUGCUCUGCUUUUGAGCGCUGUCGCCGUUGCCUUCGUGUUUCUGCUCAGAUGGAGACGGAAAACUUUUGAUUUCUUCCGAGGGACUGGCAUCUCGGGUCCACCCCCGAGUUUAUUCUCGGGUCAUUUCUACCAAUUCUGGACGGAGAACACCGUGGAAGUCAUGGAUGAGUGGUUCAAGAAAUACGGUGACAUCUACGGGAUGUUCAAUGGGGACGCCCCUUUUGUCAUGGUGAAGGACAUUGAACUUUUGAGGCGUGUGUUCGUCAGCGAUUUCGGUCAGUUCGUGGAGAGAGGGGAAGCAGGAUUUGCAGUUGAAGUGUUGAAGAAAAGCCCUCUGAUCAAAUUUAUCAGGUUGAAGCUUCCCUUGUUCUGA